UUUGGAUGUUGCUUUAUGCGCUGUUUGUUCUCCGUGUGAUCUCUGUGCUGAAGGUUGUGGGAAGUAUUUAAGGAUAGUGGCAGCUGGGCCAUGUCUGGUUGGAAACAGCACCCUCUGCUACUGCAGCUGAAGGCUGCUGAUGAGCACCUCUCGAGUGGCCUGUUCCUGGCCUCAAACAAUGGUUCACCUUUGGCCCACUACCGGCCCACGAUGCAGAUGCUUGAGUACUCAGCACAUGGCAUCCCCUGGCUCUUCGUGUCAUGCCUACUCAUUUGGUUCGUCACUGACCGAGAUUUGGAGGCAUUUUAUGUCAACUUGCUGAUAGCACUCGUGUUGGACCUCAUUGCUGUGGCCUGUAUUAAGGCAGUAGCUCGGCGGAAACGGCCCCCAGUCAACGUGCACGACAUGUUCUUCACGGUAUCAAUUGAUAACCACUCAUUCCCAUCAGGUCACGCAUCACGUGUCAUCUUCCUGGCAUGCCUGUUUAUCAACUACACAACAAUCAAUGUGGUCUUCAAGGUUGCUUCAUUGGUGUGGAGCCUUUCUGUGGUUGCAUCACGGGUGUUGCUGGGACGGCACUAUGUUGGUGAUGUGAUAGGUGGUGCCAUACUUGGACUGAUUGAGUAUUUCAUCAUUAUGAACAUUUUUUGGAUGAGCACUGACACUGCACUGAAUUUCGCAUCGUACUUCACAACAUUUGAUAACCUGCAUGGUGGCAUUAAAGAAGUGGAGGUUUGAACAAAGCUGGGUGGCUGCAUGACACCUCUUGUUGUAGAUAGUGUCAUCACUUAAUGCCCCUCUUUGUGGUGCUCCUGUUACAGCCCAGUGUGUUUGUUGUGAUCACUUCAACAUUUUAGAUAUGUGGACACCUCUUGGUGAGAUUCGGCCUAGAAUAGAGGAAAUUGGUUCGAUAUAGUGACAGCAGCAAAUACAGCAAGAGGCCCUUAAAUAGUUCACUGAUGCUUUUUACCUUACAGUACACUACAUUUAGGAUAAAUUUGAAGGUACCUUCGAAGUCAGCUUGUCUCCUAAAAAGUUUGGCUCCUCACUAGGUUUUAGCAUUGUAAAGAAACAAGCCCGUUGCAUUGCUGACAUAAUGAUAAUUGUUUCCUCAAAAAAUUACACCUAUGUAUGUCACAAAAACGGCUGAAAAUUCAGGCGCAACUUUUUUAUCAAUGCAACCACUCUCCUUGCCCGCAAAGACUGUGCAUGUCACCUAGCACGUCAAAAGUCUCGCCUGUACAAUCUGAGAUCAGUAUGGGGUGCAGCACAUCAAAAUAGCCAGCCGAAAUGGGAACAUGGGGAUUUCCCUGAUUAUCGUAGUGCAUAAAACUGCUGCCAGAAAUGCACCACACAGUAAGAAAGCAAGAGAUCAAAAAAGAGAAAGACUGCUUGGGCAUAAAAGUGGCGUGGGACCGCUAUGGCAAAAGGUAAGGGAGCAAUGUGGCUUGCAAAACACUAGUCCAGGCACGGGGAUAAAGCUCAUGUUGCGAGGAAGGUCUGCUCCCAUCCUUGCCGGAUUGCUUCACAUUCACUUGCUUCUAUCUUUGCCAUUAGCAAACCGUUUUGAAAAAUUAUUGUGAUUAAUUGCUUCCUGAAAGGCACUUCACAGCUUCCAGUACAUAGAAAAUUUUCGGUGGUUCCUGGUGAGGUUUUUUUUUUUUUUUUUUUAAAGUGCACUGAAUCAAUGAAAGAAUAAACAGAGGUUCCUGCAUAUUCAAUAUGAAAAAUGCUGACAAGGAGUUCUUUGAGGGUCCACUUUCAGUAGUACUGCAUAUCCCAUUGAAUUUUCUUCAAUAUGAAAUUAGGUAAUGAAUGCCAAUCCCUUAAUAUAAACUGCACUGUUGUGAACUGAAACCCUGGCAUCGUCGCAUUCUUCCAUGUGUUCAUUCAAUUUGUAACUUGGUGUUUGUAUCAUUGAUUAGAGUUUAUGAACAUAACAGAGCAGAUAUCUUCAACAGCUUUUUAAAAUCUUAAGACCAUUUGGUUUUGAGUACGACCCUGUUUUACUUUGUUUGGGUAAAAAUAGCCCAAAAUAUCCUCAAAUCAGGGAACGGCAUCUAUAAAAAUGAUCGCUUUCUGCUCAGUUAACCCAAUACAAGAAAUAAUGAAAGAAAAUAAAGGUGCUUAACCCCAAAAAGCUCAAACACCAUUCCAAAUUAACGAAAAUUAAAGCAACAUUAUCUUUUUUUAACCAUAGAAAAUACAUUCAUACCAAAAAAAAAGAAACAAAAACGGUGAAAUUUUGAGUUAAUAAUCAGUUCAUAUAUUCAAUAAUAAACUAAUUAGUAACUGGGUUGAUCAGCUAUCCGCAACCUAAACUUUUGCUCUAACAUGUCAAAAAUGCCACUAUGGUUCCUGCGUUGUGUUUACCACGCUUCAAUCAGCAUUUCGAGACAUUGAAGUCAGCAUAUCAAAAAUUAUAUGUUGAGCUUUCU